GGCGGCAGUAGCAGAGGAGGGCGAGGCGGCAGGAGAAGGUAGGAGGCAAGCUCAUCGGCGGCGGCUCCUGGUGCCGGCGGCGGCAACGGGGGGUGAAGAUGGUGGACGUGCUUGGUGUCCUGCGACAGUACAACGUCCAGAAGAAGGAGAUUGUGGUGAAGGGAGAUGAAGUAAUCUUCGGGGAGUUCUCCUGGCCGAAGAAUGUCAAGACCAACUAUGUAGUGUGGGGAACUGGAAAGGAAGGUCAACCCAGAGAGUAUUAUACAUUGGAUUCCAUCUUAUUUCUCCUUAACAAUGUGCACCUCUCACAUGCUGUUUAUGUCCGACGUGCAGCUACUGAAAACAUUCCUGUGGUUCGAAGACCUGACCGAAAAGAUUUACUUGGAUAUCUCAAUGGUGAAGCAUCAACAUCAGCAAGUAUUGAUAGGAGUGCCCCCCUGGAAAUAGGCCUGCAGCAAUCUACUCAAGUAAAGCGAGCUGCUGAUGAAGUUUUAGCAGAAGCAAAGAAACCACGUAUUGAGGAUGAAGAGUGUGUGCGUCUUGAUAAAGAGAGAUUGGCUGCUCGUUUGGAGGGUCACAAAGAAGGAGUUGUACAAACAGAACAGAUUAGGUCUUUGUCAGAAGCUAUGUCAGUGGAAAAAAUUGCUGCAAUCAAAGCCAAAAUUAUGGCUAAGAAAAGAUCUACCAUCAAAACUGAUCUAGAUGAUGAUAUAACUGCCCUUAAACAGAGGAGUUUUGUGGAUGCUGAAGUAGAUGUGACCCGAGAUAUUGUCAGCAGAGAGAGAGUGUGGAGGACAAGAACAACUAUCUUACAAAGCACAGGAAAGAAUUUUUCCAAGAAUAUUUUUGCCAUUCUUCAGUCUGUGAAAGCCAGAGAAGAAGGACAUGCCCCUGAACAGCAACCGGCUCCAAAUGCAGCACCUGUGGAUCCCACAUUGCGUACCAAACAGCCUAUCCCAGCUGCCUACAGCAGAUAUGACCAGGAAAGAUUUAAAGGAAAAGAAGAAACGGAAGGCUUCAAAAUUGAUACUAUGGGCACUUACCAUGGUAUGACACUGAAAUCUGUGACGGAAGGUGCAUCUGCCCGCAAGACUCAGACUCCUGCAGCACAGCCAGUACCAAGACCAGUUUCCCAA